AGGCUUUUGUUUGUUUAUUUAUUUGUUUGUUUUAAACCCAGGUUUUAUCUGACUCUACGCUGUCUUCCAAUCCGGUAGGUGGCGACAGAGCGGGAUUCACGCCCCCGAAAUCUCGCGAGAUCGAAUAUUGCAACGUCAUUACGAUGUUUCUGGAGUAACGUUAGAGGAAGUUAUUCCAGUAAUUUCUCUUUAGCGGAAAACAAAAGUUUGCGGAUUUAAGUCGUUGAACUCAGCUCUAGCCUUUACAAUAUACCUUUAGAAAAAUUUAACCGGAGGUUUAGAACCUUUUGAACAGCAUGAUGUCGGAUGAUGACCAGCCCAAGACGUUGUACGUCGGAAACCUCUCCAGGGACGUGACGGAGGCUCUCAUCAUGCAGGUGUUCACCCAGAUCGGACCCUGCAAGAGCUGCAAAAUGAUCCUCGAUACGGCAGGAAACGACCCGUACUGCUUCGUGGAGUUCUUCGAGCACAUGCACGCUGCUGCUGCCCUGGCCGCCAUGAACGGACGGAAAAUAUUAGGAAAGGACAUGAAAGUGAACUGGGCCUCCAUGCCGAGCAGCCAGAAGAAAGACACAAGCAAUCACUUCCAUGUCUUUGUCGGCGACCUGAGCCCAGAAAUCUCCACAGAGGACGUCAGAGCCGCCUUCGCUCCGUUCGGAAAAAUAUCCGAUGCUCGUGUGGUGAAAGAUCUGGCUACUGGGAAGUCCAAAGGCUAUGGAUUUAUCUCCUUCAUUAACAAAUGGGAUGCGGAGAACGCCAUCCAGCAGAUGAACGGCCAGUGGCUGGGAGGCCGGCAGAUCAGAACCAACUGGGCCACCAGGAAGCCUCCUGCGCCCAAAUCCAACCUCGAGAGUCAGUCCGGUACAGGCAACACCAAACACCUGUCCUACGAGGAGGUGCUGAACCAGUCGAGCCCCAGUAACUGCACCGUGUACUGCGGAGGGGUGACCUCCGGCCUGUCGGAUCAGCUGAUGAGGCAGACUUUCUCUCCGUUCGGGCAGAUCAUGGAGAUCAGGGUCUUCCCGGAUAAAGGGUACUCGUUCGUGAGGUUCGAUUCUCACGAGAGCGCGGCCCACGCCAUAGUGUCUGUGAAUGGGACGUGCAUCGAGGGCCACACGGUGAAGUGCUACUGGGGUAAAGAGACCGCAGACAUGAGGGCCAUGCAGCAGAUGGCCAUGCCCCAGAGUAACCCGGCCUACGCAGCUCAGCCGUACGGACAGUGGGGUCAGUCUUACGGUAACGGGCAGCAGAUGGGUCAGUACGUCCCUAACGGCUGGCAGAUGCCGACGUACGGCGUGUACGGUCAGGCCUGGAACCAGCAGGGCUACAAGUAAGUACACCAGCACGGCGUCCGCCACCUCCUCCUCUUCCUCUUCCUCCUCCUCCACACGUACCCCGAUCCAGGAGGGCAGAACAACGUCAGCGGGACGGACCCAUUCCAUCACGAACGGGGGGGUGGCAACGGACUCCAACCCGAUGUACAGCAUAUUCGGAUCAUUAGCCCACCCUCUCCACCUGGUUUUUGUUUGGUUUUUUUUUUUCUUUCUUAGGGUUUUCUCCCUUCAUCUUGUAGUUUGGACUGAUUAAAAUAGUGUCAGUCUUUUUAAAAGCGUCGUCUUUUUUUUUUUUUGGGUUCGUUUGCCUUUUUGUAAUGAUUAAUCUCCCCACCCUGUAGUUUGAUCCCCAGGUUUCAGUAGUUUCAGGGUUUAUUAUUAUUAUUUUUUUUCUCCAAUCAUUAAAAGAAGUCAAAGUGUUCAGAAACGUUACCCCUGUGUACCAUUUUGUGAACUUUUUCCCUCUGAGAUAUAGUUUUGUGGUUUUUUUUUUUUUUUUUUUGUUCGUAUGGACACACUGCAGCGCAACAUGAUUGUUGAUUUGAUUUUUCUUUUAUUCACAGUCUGGUAGUUUUGUAAAAAAAAACAAAAAAAAACAUAGUUAUAUAAAUAAAAUAAAAUGGAGGCGGUUUCCUCAGUGGCCUUGACAUGCACCUGAAGUUCCCACAACUUCUCGUGAAAUAACAUUGUUCUUAAUUUCUCCAGCUUUUAACAAAAUUCAUUAUUACACUUUUCCGCAAAACUUUUUUUUUUUUUUCCUUCUUCAAUUUAAUUUUCCUUUCUGCGAUUAACUUUUAUUAAAGAUGCCAUGUGGUUAAUGUUUCAUUAUAAUGUACAAUGCUUAUGUUAAGCUCUGAUGUUUAAACGUCCUUGUCUUGCUCUUUUUAUAUAUAUAUAUAUAUAUAU